AUGCUCCAACCCAAGAUGGAGCUCUUCAAUGACGACUCGUCUCCAGCCAACCUCGACAUCCGCACGCGCCCCGAAGAGUCGCUCAACCACUUCACCAUCAACAAGGACUUCGCCGAGCGCUACCUGCACAACAAACAACGUGCCGAGCUGCACCAGCUCGAGGCCAAGUACGGCAAAGACGCGCUCGCCUCCGAUGACGAUGAAGAGACAGACUCGGAGAGCGACGUGACGGAAGACGAGGAUGGCGACCAGGUCAACGCGCAUGUGGACGCCGCCAUUCUGCGCACCUUGCAGCGAAUCAGGAACAAAGACGCGGCGCUCUACGAUUCCAAGACAGACGUGUUUGCGCAGGAAGCGGAGCGAGCCGAGCGAGCGGCACGAGUGGCCGGGCCGGCGGGGGCGAAGAAGGGAACCACGAAGAAGGAUAAGAAGGUCACUCUACAGGAUUAUCAGCGGUCCAGGGUACAGGAGCUGAUGGAGACGGCCGAAGAUCCGGCUGCCGCACUCGCCGACGCCACUACCAGCGACCGUGUCAAAGGCAUCAUCAAUGAGGACGAAGGUAUGCCGUUCGCGCAGGAGCAGGAGGAACUGCGCAAGGAAGUGUCGCAGGCUUUCCACGCCGGGGUGGACGCCGAGGACGAUCUGUUCGUCAAGCGCUCUGAGGCAUCGAACGGCAAUGGCUCGUCGUAUCGCGAAGCGGUGAUUGCAUCUCUCGGCCCAAACGCGGACGAGAAUACCAUCCGUCAAGCCAUCCGUAACGAAGCAUCCACCUCCACCUCUGUUCUCGCCGACGCCAACGACGAGAAGAAGAACGAGGAUUUCCUGCUCAACUACAUCCUCAACCGGGGCUGGAUCGACACGGCUGCCGAAGAGCGACCCGUCAAGCCGCGCCUCACCAAAGCCGUGCUGCAGGCCAAAGACGACGCUGAACCCAGUUCGUCGAAUGGCGACGGCCAGGCGUACGGGCGCGACUGGGAAGCCGAAGCGGCCGAUCUCGAGAGCGAGGCCUCCUUCGAUUCCAUGGCAGACGCCUUUGAGACCGCCUACAACUUCCGCUUCGAACAAGGCGUCGAAUCGCUCACCAUCCCCACCUACUCGCGUCAACCCAAGGACUCGGCGCGUCGCGAGGACAAUUCGCGCAAGCGCAAGCGCGAAGAGCGUGCAGCGCGGAAGGACGAGGAGCGAAGGCUCAAGAUGCAGGAGUUGGCAAGGUUGAAGAAUCUGAAGCGCCAGGAGAUCGUGGAUAAGCUCAAGAAGUUGAAGGAGGCGACGGGGAGUACGUUGGAGGGGUUGGAUCUGGAGGGUGAUUUCGAUGCCGAGGCGCACGAUCGGGCGAUGGAGAAGGCGUUUGGGGAUGGUUUCGAUGGCGGUGAGGAUGACGAGAAGCCGAGUUGGGACGAUGACAUUGAGAUCGACGACAUCAUUAAGGAGCACGAGGCGAGCGUGGGCGGAGGGAAGGGCAAGAAGAAGGCCAAGCAGAGCCAUGUUGAUGAGGACAAGAUCGAGAUGGAUGCUGACUUCCUCGACGGUGACGCUGGGGACAACGAUGGUACUGCGGCAGCUGGAAGCAAGGAAGCCGCUCUGCGUGCUCGUUUGGCCGACAAGAAGCUCAGCAAGAAAGACCGCAAGAAGCUCAAGAAGAAGCUCAAGGCGGCGCUCUCUAAGUCCUCCUCCGCUCCCAACGGCGACGAAUCCGACUCGGACGCCGACGACGACGACGGAGUCGAGGUCUCCGCCAUGGACGCUUCUGCUCCCGCUGCUUCGAGCACCGACAAGAAGGCGAUGGCAAAAGACAUGAUCGACUCGUACUACAACCUCGACUACGAGGACAUGAUCGGUGAUCUCCCCACUCGGUUCAAGUACACCCAAGUCGCCCCCGCCGACUUUGGCAUGUCGGCGGUCGACAUCCUGCUCGCCGACGACGACCAGCUGAACAACGUGGUCGGACUGAAGAACCUCCAGCCGUACAGGAGGGGUAAGAACCGGCCGUUGGAUCUGGGCAAGAAGCUCGGCCAGUUCCGGAAGGAUGUGUACGGCAAUACGAGCAGGACCAGUGAUGGCACGGAGAAGACGCAGAAGAAGAGGCUGGGUAAGAAGGAGAGGAAUCGGUUGAAGGCUGCUGAAGAGACGGGCGGCAAGGAAUGA